CUGGGGGAGGGAGAGCAGGGGGACCCCCAACCUCCAUCCGGGACGGGACGAGGAACCAUUCACCAUCACUUUGGGGGCGUUCAACCCCUUUUCUCCCCCCUCCAAGAUGCUUUUUGGGGGGUGGCUGUGCCUGGCCACACUGUACCUCGUUGGGGGGUCCCCCCAACAUGAGCGGGGGCCCCUCCGGGAUGUUGGGGGGGUCACCCACGACCACGCCAACGGCUUCGCCUAUGACCACCAAGCUUUCCUGGGACCCGAGGAAGCCAAAACCUUCGACCAACUCUCACCCGAGGAGAGCCAGCGCCGCCUGGGGCUGCUGGUGGGGCUGAUUGAUACGGAUGGAGAUGGGGGACUGACGGCAGCAGAAUUGGGGAGCUGGAUGGAGCGGAGGCACCGUCGGGGGCAGGCGGAGGCCGUGGAGCGAGGGCGGCAACGCUUCGACCGCGAUGGCGACGGCGCCGUCACCUGGCACGAGUACCGGCACGAGGCCUACGGGGACCCUGAGGACAAUUUUGGGGGCACCCAGCACCCCGAAACCUAUCGACGUCUCCUGGCACGCGACGAGCGCCGAUUCCGAGCAGCCGACACCAACGGUGAUGGCAAAGCCGAGGGAGAAGAACUCGCCGCCUUCCUCCAGCCUGAGGACUUCGAGCACAUGAGACCCCUCGUGGCGAUGGAGACGCUGGAGGACAUGGAUAAGGACGGGGACGGCUUCAUCCAGGAGGACGAGUACAUUGCCGAGCUGUACGAGGGCUCUCCGGGGGCUCCGGAACCUCCGUGGGUGCUGGAGGAGCGGACGCAGUUUGUGGGGGCGCGAGACCGCGAUGGUGAUGGCCGCCUGAACCCCGAGGAGGUGGGGUACUGGCUGCGCCCUCCGACCGCCGGCUGGGCGCGCGCCGAGGCCGAGCACCUCCUGCACCACGCAGAUCACGACAGGGACGGGCUCCUCUCCCGCGCCGAGGUCCUGGCAAGCUGGGAGCUCUUUGUUGGCAGCCGCGCUACCACCUAUGGCGAAGACUUGGGGCGCCCCCACGAUGAGCUCUGAGCCCCCACUAAAACCUGGGGAACCCCCCCAAAGCUCAGGGAAACCCCCAAAUUUAUGAGAUACCCUCCCCAAAUCCAUAGGGACACCCCUGAACAUCUGAGUCUUUCCAUAACACCCGGACACCCCCAAAAUUCCUGGGUCCCACCCAAAUCCAUGGGGUCCCC